AUGGGCAGAUCCUUCUACAAAGACGAGGAAGAGAAAUAUAGCGUGCCGGGCCUUCCUACUGUUGAACAGGUGAAGACAGAAGAGAAGCCUGAUGCAACCACAAUAGCUGCAGCACCUGAAACCGAAGUUAGGAUCAACAAAUACGGCAAUCUGAUAACAACAGCACCUGCAUUGCAGAAGUUAGUCUCUCAAAUAAGAGAGUCAACUGAGGAAUCGUAUGCUAAGUUUAUCGAGAAGUAUGAAUAUAUUACCGGCACGGGCAAAGCACACUUAGCCAUGGCCGGACAUAGAAUUGCAGAAUUCAAAGGUGAAGAUGAAACGCUACUUCCAAACAUCUGUGGAGUACUAACUGCGACCCUAGCAGGUUCGAUCAUUGCAAGGUCACACAGCUUUCCAAUUAGGUUUCUUUUUCCAGUGCUCUUUGGUUCGGUUGCUCUUAAAUAUUCUCUACCACAAACGUACAACAAUAUUGCAACAGAAGUCAAAGAAAUUGGACUCAACGUUGAGGAGAAAUAUUUCCCUGAAUUCAAACAAACAAGGGCAGGGGCUGCUGCUAAAAAGGAAGAAUUGUUCCAUUCGGUUGAUCAAUUAAAAGAGGAUUCUUGGAAUGGAUUGGUGUCCUCUGUUUCUAGUUCAAGAAGAUUCAUUUGUGAGACAUUUAAAAAGGAUUAA